GACGAUGAUGAUCAGGAAACCUACGAAGAUAUUGACCCAGAAGAAACAUAUGACGAUAUUCCAGCUGACACCCCUCCCUCUGCUGCCAGCACGAGUCAAGAUCAGACCGACGAGGACACGUAUGACGAUAUACCAGAGGACGUUCCUCCGUCUACGACAAGCGCAAGCCACGAACCAGCGCGUCCAAAGUCAACCACACCUGCUUCUCAGCAACACGUUCUUGAAUCAUCAAGCCCCGCUGAAGCGGAUUCUUGCCAACCAGACGAGUACUAUGACGAUGUACCAGACAACGUUUCCCCGUCACCUGCAGACACAAAUCAAGAAAUAGAGGGUUCAAAGCCAACCGCAACCGUACCUCCUCCUGAAAAUCUAAUUGUAGACGAAAUAGGCGAAACUAGCGUUAUCAUAGCAUGGCAGCCUCCAAACCUCCCCGGCGAAGUGGACUAUUAUCUAGUAAGGCUAUCACGUCUCACGCCACCAUCUACCGAAGGCGUGGCUGAAGAAGUUGAUCCGAAUGAAAAGCCGUCCAUUACAUAUCACGACCUGGACCCAGCCGUGCAGUACGAAGUCACGGUCGUCGCCCGAUCCGCUGAUCUCGAGAGCGAACCCGUCUCGACGACGUUCUACACCGGGGAAGACUACGACGACACCCUUCCUUCCUACACCGCUCUGCCGGAGUUCAUGACUGACGCGCCCCUGUACCAGGAGAUACAGAUCGCUAAGACCGCCAUACUGGUACAGGACGAGGUGGACGGGUCUAAGGCUGUGCGCUGGCAGUCUACCAUCGCCCCGAAGUGGGACAGACAGCCGCAAGUCGUCCAGAACAACGUCAAGUACACCUUGUCCAAGCAGCAGCAGCAUCUCCAAGAGGCCAUGUUCGAGGUCUUAACGACAGAGGAGUCUUACCUCCGCAGCAUGAGCGUCUUGGAAGAACACUUCCUGCAGGCCAUCUUACAACACAACGCGCUGAUCGGCCACGGAGUCUUCUCCUGUCUCUCCAGAUACACCAGACAGAUCAUGGAGGUCAGCGUCGCCUUCCUCGAGGACCUUCAGCGGAGGGCGAAGGAGCAGUCUCCGGUCAUCUCCGACAUCUGCGACAUCAUCGAGAAUCACGCCCUGAAGAACUUCCUAGAUCCCUACAAGACGUACUGCAAGGAGGUCAACGCACACUCCCGGGUCGUCAGGAAAGUCAUCGCCCAGAACAAGGAGGUCAGAGAACAGGUGAGCAGGCUGGAAGGAGAUCCCAGGUGUAGCAAACUCCCCAUGACGUCCUUCCUCAUGCUGCCCAUGCAGAGGAUCACUCGGCUGCCCCUCCUCAUUGAGAGGAUCCUGAGCAACAGAGAAGACAGUUCAGACUUUUCCCAGUCCGCCAUGAAAGCCCUUCAGGACACGCAGAAAGUAGCGAGCAUCAUUAACGAGGCGGUCCGCGACGAGGAACGGCAUCACGACUUCGAGGAGGUCCUCAGAGAGAAGCUGACGUUCGACCGGUGCAAACUGCCCUUCCCGCUGAGGAGUAAAUCACGGUGGAUCGUCAAGCAGGGCGAUCUGACUUGGAUUAGGAGCAAGGAAGACAAGGUCUCACAGCGCUACGUCAUCGUCCUGACUGACGUACUCCUGUUGGCGAAGAAGCGACAAAAGAGAGGCGGCGGGGUGAGCUACGACGUGCUCAACUACUGUAUGCGAAACCGCGUCCAAGCGGAGGAAGUCGAGGACAACAUUUACGACAAGACAGAAGCAGUCACUCCAGUUGCUGAUAAGAAGCUAACCCUGUCAAGACGCAAAAGCAGUCUUCUCAAAUUCUUCAAAGCACAACAAGCCAUCCAGGACGAAGGAUACCAGUUUAGCGUGCUGCUGUUGGAGGAUAAGGAUGGACAGGAGCUGGAGAUGGUGUUCUCCGUGGCGACACCUAGCGAGCGGACCAGGUGGAUAGAGGCGUUCCAGUACAGCACCACGGACGACGAGGGAGGCGCCAUCUACUCCUGGGACUUCCCUCUGACGUCAGUCAAGGUGCGGAGAGACGCGGCGCAGCCGGACGAGUUGGCGUUCGAGGCGGGUGACGUGGUGCGGGUGCUGCGGAAGAUGCCGGACGGCAUGUGGUACGGGGAGACCACGCACGACGCGCGGCAGGGCUGGUUCCCGUGUGACUGUGUGGAGGAGAUUAAGGACAGCGAUCACUACAGGGCGAAACAACUCAGGAAGAAACGCACUUCAUCUACAGACGACCAGGUCUCCACUAAAGAGCACCCCAAGUUUGUCGUCCUUUAUGACUUUGAUCCUCAGCAAGCAGGAGAACUUCAGAUCAAAGAGGGACAAGAAUUGGAAAUUCUAGAUUACGGGGACAAUGUCUGGUACCAGGCCAGACGGCUGGACACACGGGAGGAGGGAUGCGUGCCGUACAACUAUGUCACACCUGUGUACAGCCUGGAGCAACAAGACUGGUAUUUCGGCAAUCUCGGGAGGAAGGACUCAGAAGAACUUCUGCUGGCAGACGGUACCGAGCCAGGAGCCUUCUUGGUGCGAGACGCUCAUGGACAGGGAUCACAUGUUUACACCGUGUCAGUCAGGGCCAAGACAGAAGGAGAAAUCACUGUUCGCCAUUUCAAGGUCGACAAAAGUCCAACAGGUCUGCUCUCCGUCGUACCGGAACAAGAGUUCAGUUCGAUAGAAGAGCUAGUGAAAGAUCUCAGAGAGAAGGGUUCCAUCGGGAAAGGUUGCCAGCUCGGACAACCCUGUCCCAAACAGCCACAAAAUGCCGAGAGUCCUGCCAUGGAACACAGGGAGAACAGCUAACAAGGACGAAAGACGGAUUACGUAGGUCUUAGACAGCAGG